GCCGCCGCUCCCCGCCGCAGGCUCCGUCGGGCCGGACUGGCGGAGCAGCCCCGAAGUUUGCGGGGCGGCCGGCGCGGGGCCAUGUGGCUGCUGUGGCUGCUGCUGGGCUCGGCGGACAGCCAACUGUUGCCUGGGAAUAACUUCACGAAUGAAUGCAACAUUCCUGGAAACUUCAUGUGCAGUAAUGGGCGCUGUAUCCCAGGGGCCUGGCAGUGUGAUGGGCUGCCCGACUGCUUUGAUGACAGCGAUGAGAAGGAAUGCCCAAAAGCCAAAUCCAAAUGCGGUGCCACGUUCUUCCCCUGUGCCAGCGGGAUCCACUGCAUCAUUGGCCGCUUCCGAUGCAACGGCUUCGAGGACUGUCCCGAUGGCAGCGAUGAGGAGAACUGCACAGCAAAUCCCUUGCUUUGCUCUACUGCCCGAUUCCACUGUAAAAAUGGUCUUUGCAUUGAUAAAAGCUUUGUGUGCGACAGUCAAAAUAACUGCCAGGACAACAGCGAUGAAGAAAGCUGCGAAAGCCCUCAAGAGGCAGGGAGCGGCCAAGACUACGUGACCUCCGAAAACCAGCUGCUUUACUACCCGAGUAUCACUUACGCCAUCAUCGGCAGCUCUGUCAUCUUCGUCCUCGUGGUGGCCUUCCUGGCCUUAGUGCUGCACCACCAGCGCAAGCGCAACAAUCUGAUGACGCUGCCGGUGCAUCGCCUGCAGCACCCCGUGCUGCUGUCCCGCCUGGUGGUCCUCGACCACCCGCACCACUGCAGCGUCACCUACAACGUCAACAACGGCAUCCAGUACGUGGCCAGCCAGCCCUACCACAGGCCAGUGGACCUGGACUCCCCGCCCUCCUACUCAGAGGCCGUGCUCGACCAAAGCAGACCACCUUGGUUUGACCUUCCUCCACCGCCAUACUGUUCCGAAUCUGAAUCCCCUGAUCAGCCUGACCUUCCUCCUUACCGCUCUCGGUCGGGAAGCUUGGCCAGCACAGACACCCCCAUGGCAGAAAGUCCUGUGGGCACGUCCAACAGCUGGGUGAGAGACAUCCAUGGCAGCAUGGAUGGGCACAGAACUCUUCUGGAGAGGACAGCAGAUCAGAGGGAUCCUCUGGUCAGCCACAUUGCUGAAAGAGAAGUGUAACUGCUCCGGUAGUUGUGAUGGCCAGAAGGUAUUUACUGUGUCUGUGUGGGUUAAUCUGCUGUGGCUGAUAGGUUUCAGGGGACAUGUGCCUGAAUGAUGACUUGCUUUGAAUUCACACUGAGUUAAUAUUUGAAUUCAGCAUUUUGGGCUCAUCAAAGGCAUAGCAAGGAGAGCUAAACCUAGAGUCACGUAAGCUCUCCACAGUAUUUCUGUGAGCAAGUUCUAGUUCAGACCAGUAAGAGAAACAUGAGUGCUUUGUCAAAAGAACUGAUAUGUUGUAUUUAUUGGACUGCUUACUGUAUAUGAAUGUAUAUAUGUGUGUGUAUAAUAUUUACAGAAGUUGUACACAAGAACUCUGCCAGAAGGACUCUUGUUUUCAGACUUCCUUCCACACUGUCGACGUGGGAGCUGUUUCUUCUUACCAUCUGGUGCCAACUGGUGGUCACUAAAGCACAUGAGAGGCAGUCAUUCUGCUUGGAGGGCUGGUGCCCAAUGCCAGCUGCCUGGCAGUGCCGAAAUUGCAGAAAAUCUACUUGACGCAUCUCUGCGUGGCCUGUCAAGUUUGUGAGGAUGCAACAACUGUAACUAAGCAAGGGUUGUUUUCUUUUCCCAGAUGCCGGUAUCUAGGCCAAAUUUGCAUGGGUUGUCUCAGCAACACCACAUAGGUUGGCUUUUCUGUCAAAUGUCAAGGCUGAAUACAGAGGCACUGAAGCUUCUCAAAACAAUAGAGCAAGACUUCUUUUCCUGUGUGGCAUAACAGUACUCCAUGUGUUCCCUCUUAUAAAAGCCCCACAACAAAACAAACCCCCAGAUUGUUCCAGCAAAAUAUUCAAUACCAAAACUGGUGUGAGGCAAACACCUAGCACAGAAAUCUUUAAUGUCAGUGAGUAGUCUGUUAUAUUUGUAAAAUACCUGAAAGCAGUGAAAGGUGUUGGGCUUGGCAUCCCAUCUACAGCAGGUAUGUGUACAUUAUGGAUACAUAUGUGUAAUACUGUGUGUAGGUGUGUACACAGUGCAUCACUUGGGUUUAGUUUUGCUACACCACAAGAACUCUAAACUGUCAAAGUUUUGGUUUUUUGAUAAACUCAUUGGUUUUCACAGAGUUUGCAUUAUUCACGUUCAUUUGGUUGAAAUUCUAACUUCUGCAGAAAACCAAAAUUAUUUAUGUCUGUUCCACCCUAAGUCUUGUAAUGGUCUUCUGUCAAAUGUGUUUCAGUGCAUCUUGUUGAAUCACCAUGUGAAAGCACCUCUGAUGUAAAGGCAAGAGGGAGGAAGCUGUGGAUUUAAAUGCCACAAGCACGUCUUGUGCUCAGUAUACAGAAAACAGUGCAGUGUCUCCUUGUCUGGGGAAAAUCUGCCUUGAAAAAUUAUUUAUAUUUGUCUAUCCCACAUUUCCCACUCUUUCUAUGUAAAAGAAAGGUUUCAUUAAACAGACUUUACUGUUUAAAGGAAGUGAAGGAAGCUGACUGCCCACACCUUCUGCUUUCUUCCUCCCCAUCUUUGUAAGGUAGAUUCUUUUGCCCAAAGGUUACAUGCUCAGAGCCCAAGAAUUUGGAGUGUAGGCAAGGGAACAAUUCAAAUUCAGUCUCAGUUCUCAUAAAUACAAAUACACCUGAAUUUUUAGGGAGGAGGUUAUAGGGUGUUGUUGUUGUUGUUAGUUGUUUGUUUUUUGGGUUUUGUUUGUUUGUUUGUUUGUCUUUUGUUUUGUUUUGUUUUGUUUUUUCAUUUCCAGCUCUGGAGUCUAUUGCCACGAUAUGCAAGAGGCAGGGACCAGAUAGAUUUACAAGCACAGGUCAUUCCAGGACUGAGGACAUGGUGGGGAGUCCUGGAGAAUUCUAAUGCUGAUGGGCUGACUUUGGAAGCAGAUUAAGGGCAGCUUUCAUUACAGGCUUAGGCAGCCUGUGGUGAAGUGCAUUGGUGAAGAUGCUCCUAGGUCCUUGCAAAGUUAUGUACAAGAGUGGGUCAGAUUUCAUCCUUGCUGAGAACUCAAGCGAUGUAAUUAUGCUGUCCUGCACAAAGCAGGAUUUAGCUUUAUUACUGGCUGACCAAGGUAAUAGGCAGACUGUUGUCAUUGCAAGAGCAGACAGCUAUUCUUUAUUUUACAGGUAGAUCAGACUCAGGUAUGUGAAUGAGUUAAUUGUAUAGGUGGGUGCAGAGAUAUCUCCUGUGAUCACUGGACCCUGCUGUCCCUCUUGCCUUUCGUUAAGGUUCUGCUUGGCCUCUGUGAGAGAGGUAUAUUAUACUGUAUCAAAAUUAACCUUAAUGGUUUUCUGUUGCAGUUUUAGAAACUUUAUAUUGGUCUUGAAAACAUGCAAUUAAAGAGUUUGCAGUAGUUUCAUUGUAAUUAGGUAUCUUUUUAAAGUUGCCUAAGGCUGUAUUGGUGAAACUAAAUCUUUGUGUCCAGGAUCCCUCAAACAAGCCUUCCACAGGGAUUGCAUUUCACUGUGUGUAUUCUAAGACACCAGAGGGUGUGCAGCCCAAAUACUGUGUGCCUGUGGCAUCUGAAAAACAUUGCCUUACAUUGCUAAGAAGUAGGAAAAGAGCUUGUUUCUUCUGUCUUCUGUGUCAGUCACUGUCAUAUAUGUACAUAUAUAUAUAUUUAAAAAAAGAUACUCUUUCAGGAUGUAUAUAUUCAUGUAACUUUUGCAUUAAGAUAAUCCACUUGGACUUUCAAAACAAAACAAAACAAAACAAAAAAAAAAAAAAGGAAAAAACAUUCUUAAUGGUGUGAUGUUUUCCCUUCCAGCUAAGGAUGUAUUUAUCUUUGUACAGGAAUCUUCUAGUUUUUGAGAACACAGCUUAAAAGGAGAUUGUGCCUUUCUGUUUGAAUGUUGAUUGGAAAAUCUGUUACCUGCAUUUCUGGGUGUUAUUACAUAUCACUGUCUAAAUAUCCAAAAAGAGCAACAAGUCUUGUCUUCCUCUUCAUUGUUACUUACGGGGACCACUGAACUUUGAGGACUACAGCAGUUCAGUAUCUUGUUACAAAAAAAUGUGCUAAAACUUGGGGUGGCUCGUCUUACCUCAAUUUUCUGGUUGACAGAACAGGUUUGCUAGGCUGGUUUCUUUGGAAAAUGCUGUAGUAUCACACAGGAAUUGUUUAUGAUGUGUCAUUUCUAGUGUGUUGAUACAGCAUUACACUGCAUUAUUCAGUGGAAUCUUUGGGAAGCGUGCUGAUGAAGUUAAAUAUUUCAUUGAAAAUCCUGCAGCUUGUAAGGCUGAAGUUAAAUGUUCAUCCAAUACCACGUGAUAGGGUUUCUUCUCGGUAGCAGGUAAAAUUGGAAUUGAUCAUCCUGUUGUCUGCAAUUUUUCUUAACCUCUUAGUUUGAUGUUAGUCAUCCAAGAGCUUUCCUUUCUACUUAAUAUUAAAACAAAUGUAUGCUACUUCAAAGACUCAUUUUUACAAAAGUAAAAUCAGUUAAAUUUUUCUUCAAGAGCCAAAUUCUGUUUCCACAUCUGUACUGAAAGGUGACUACUGUAUUGAGUAGUUCUCAGUGCAGCUAUUAAUAUAUUUGAACAAAAGAGUUUGAAGAAAUGACUACUUGAGGUAAAUGAAGACAUGUUGGAAAGGUCAUUUAAAAAUAAACAUAUAAAAUUCAGGAACUUCAAGCAUCUGUAACCUCUGCUGAAAUCACAGUGCUGUAUAUUUAAAAAGAAGCCAUUAGUGAUUCUGCUUGAUAGUAAUCUGAAGUUCCUUGUAAGGCAAAUUACCAUUUACCUCUCUGGUACUGGAAAUGGAAAACUGACAGUAAUGCUUUUAAAAGAAGGCCUGUGAGUAAUUUUCUUGGCUCUUGUCUGCAGUGACAUACACAAAAACACUGACUGCAUUGCAAAUUUUAAGUAACUCUGCAUUCUUUCUUCCUCUGCUUUUAAGCCAUAUCAGUUUUAUUUACAGCACUUCACUUUGAUACAGCUAAUAGGGCCCUUGUGAUAGAUUUAGAAACUGAGUGGAGGAAAGAGGUGACUCUCGCUUUAAUUAAUGCUGCAGCUUGUUAAUCUGGUGCUCUUUACUUUUAGACAUCGUAGCAAAGACAAAUGGUUUUAGUAGAUAAGGAAAACUAUUAAUGAUGAAAAGGAUGGAGGGACACUGAUUAUGAUUUUUAAUGAAUAUUUCAAAUCGUAUAAGUGAAGAAAAAAAAUUAACGCGGUAUUUUUAAUGUGGUGAUCAAAUGACGAGUACUGUUUUUAACUGUUGCUUAUUGGAAGCUACUUUGCAUAUCGUGCCUGGAACUAAAAUGGUAAGACAAGGGCUUUUCUUGCAGCUCUUACUAGAUCUGCAAUAUUUUUUUUAUUAACACAAGGUUAUAUUACACCCAUGGACUAAAAUAUGGACUGCAGGAAGAAUUUCAACACUGUGCUGGAUUCUCCCUGAAUGUAUCCCAGUACAGGACUGUGGCCUUCAUUUGUCUUUUUUUUCUUUUUUUUUUUUUUCUUUUUUUUUUUCCCUGAUUUGAGGGGUUUUUUCAACUUGAAAUGGAGAAGUUACUUAAAUGCUUUAAGGGAGGUUGUAUGUUCAAAGCCAGCCUUAUCUUAAACUUUUGUAAACUGG